AUGUCGUCCCUAGAAAAGAAGAAGAAGCUGUCCCCAAUUACGUCACUUCCCGAUGAUUUGCUAUUGAGCAUCGUCGCACGUGUCUCAAGGUUGUACUAUACAACUCUCUCACUCGUCUCCAAGAGCUUCCGAUCUCUCCUAGCUUCACCGGAUCUUUACAAGACCAGGUCCCUCUUGGGGAACACCGAGAGUUGUCUCUAUGUGUGCUUUCAAUGCAAUCCUGGUUACCGCUGGUUCACCCUCUGCAGGAAGCCUGAUCAAACCCUAACCAAUGACACAAGUGGGUAUGUAUUGGCAACAGUCCCGAGUCCCAGAUUCCAUAAAGCGUGCUUUUCAAGUCUAGUGGCGGUUGGUUCUGAUAUCUACAACAUCCACGCGCCCUCUUCCUCUAACGUCUCUGUUCUGGAUUGCCGGUCUCACACUUGGCGCGAGGCUCCAGCUCCAACACUGCCGGUGAAGGAGUUGUCAAUAUCAGCUAGCGUCAUUGGUCGUAAGAUAUAUGUAGUAGGAUGUUACAACAAUAGAAUCAGUCCAAAACCGCUUAAGGUGUUGGACACGAAAACACAAGUUUGGGAGACUAUCCCUUGCAAGGGCAAAAGAGAUUACAAGUUUAAAAACUCCAAAAGCACUUGUAUUGACGGAAAGUUCCACGUGGUGACUGAGAGAAAGGAGGUGGUUGCUUACAAUCCCAAGGAAAGUAGAUGGGAUCUGGUUGAACAAUGGUUCGAUGAAUAUAAUUAUAUGCGUUCAGUUUCUUACUGCGAUAUAAAGAAUGUUUUGUACUCUGUUUAUAACAGAAUGGUCAUAUGGUAUGAUACUGAGCCUGAGGUAAGCAGGUGGAGAUAUUUGGAGGUAGGAGAACUACCUACGUUUCCUCCUGGUGUUUCUGUUAGAUUGGCUGAUUAUGGUGGGAAGUUAGCGGGUGUGUGGGACGAUGAUUUGUUUUAUGGUCAGUCUAGUUUCGUCCAUAAGAAGAAGAUUUUGUGCGCGGUGGUUGCGCUUGAAAGACGCAAGAGUGGUGAAAUAUUUGGGAAAGUUGAGUGGUUGGGUCAUGUACUUACAAUCCCUAGAGAAUAUGAUUUCGUGAAGGCUCUUGCCGCUACGGUUUGAUGAAU